GGAAGCCAGCCGGGGAGGGGCCCUUUGUCAGGAAGGAAUAUUAUUACUAUCUCCACCGCCGGCUCUGGAGUAAACACGCUUUUUCUUCGCCGUCUUUCCCUGCUUACAGCACAGCCCCGGUCGGCUCGGACCGGGACGUCCACUUUCUAUCGGGGAAACAAAGGGGGUGGAUGUUAUUUUGUAGCUCCUUGCACUGUUUUUCUUCCCCCCCUCCCCAAGCCGCACUGAUUUAUUUGCACUGACCAGUUGUCUUUGAAAACCGGGUCCGGUGCCUCUCCCCUCCUCCUCCCCUUCUCCCCCGAUCACUCCUUCUUUACCCUCCUUCCUUUUGCCUGUUAUCCGACCCCGCAACGCUGCGAAGUCGCAAAGAUGCCCAGCUCUCUCUUCGCCGACAACAGCGUCCAGGGAGAUGCGCUGGAUGACCAGAGAGCCCUGCAGAUCGCGCUGGAUCAGCUCUCCCUGCUCGGCUUGGACAACGACGAGAACCCCCUGUACGACAACAACCAGGAGCCCCGGAAAAAGAGCGUCAACAUGACUGAAUGCGUCCCGGUGCCCAGCUCCGAGCAUGUGGCGGAAAUUGUGGGCCGACAAGGUUGCAAGAUCAAAGCGCUACGAGCAAAGACCAACACCUACAUCAAGACCCCGGUCCGAGGUGAGGAGCCUGUUUUUGUGGUGACGGGAAGGAGAGAGGAUGUGGCUAUGGCCAGGCGGGAGAUCAUCUCUGCUGCCGAGCACUUCUCCAUGAUCCGAGCCUCGAGAAAUAAAAAUACCAGUCUGAACGGUAGCGGCACCCCGGUCCCCGGACCACCUAACCUGCCCGGACAGACCACCAUCCAGGUGCGGGUGCCUUACCGCGUGGUGGGGUUAGUUGUAGGCCCCAAGGGUGCCACCAUCAAGCGCAUCCAACAACAGACCCACACCUACAUCGUGACACCAAGCCGAGACAAGGAGCCGGUCUUCGAGGUGACAGGUAUGCCCGAGAAUGUGGACCGAGCACGUGAAGAGAUCGAAGCCCACAUCGCCAUGAGAACAGGAGGCCUUAUUGAGCUCCAGGAUGAAAAUGACUUCCAUGCCAAUGGGACCGAUGUGGGUUUUGAUCUGCACGGGCACGCCACCCUGUGGUCCAAGCCCAGCUCCGGGAUGACCCCCACCUCGGUGCGUAAACCCUUUUCCAACUACCGUAACGACUCGUCCUCCUCCCUGGGCAGUGCCUCCACAGACUCCUACUUUGGUAACAACAGCUCACGCAUGGCUGACUACAGCCCUCCCAGCCCCGCACUCAGCUACACCACCACCAACAACAAUGGCAACAACAAUAACAACAACAUCAAUGUCAACACCAACGGCAAUGGGUUUGUUUAUGGAAGCGAGGUGAUCUCACCUGACUGCACUGAUCUGACUUUUGACUCCUCGCCAGGGUUUGACCCCACGCAAGCCCCGCCGGGCCUACUGUGGUCCCAGUAUGACAGUCGCAUGACUCCCUCCUCCACUGGAGGCAGCUCUCCCACCUCCACCUCAGCCAUGUUCCCCACCAACACCUCCACUAAUGCCAACGGGAUAGUGGUGAGUCAGAGAAGGGUUAAUGGAUGUACCCCUCAGCCCAGACUGUCGCCUCCACUCCAUAGCCACACCGGAGGCCCCACUGAGCACCCAUUAGCCCGGAGGGUGCGCAGUGACCCGGGCGGAGGCCCGCUCAGUUUCCCCGGUUACUCCAGCAGCAUCGCCUCCUUGCCGGGCCCUCACCUACCUGGGGUUCCAUGCGACUCCUCCGCCUCGUCGUCCUCCUCCUCUUCUUCCUCCUCCACCUCGUCCGGCACCAGCCGAAAAGGCAGCCGUGACUGUUCGGUGUGCUUCGAGAGUGAGGUCAUUGCAGCCCUGGUCCCCUGUGGGCACAACCUCUUCUGUAUGGAAUGUGCCAAUCGUAUCUGCGAGAGGAGCGAGCCCAAAUGCCCUGUCUGCCACACCGGCGUCACUCAGGCUAUACGUAUAUUUUCAUAAGAAGUGUAACUCUUUGACUAUCUCGUCAGCGAGACUGGCUACAAUAGCAACAACAGACUCUUCAUACUGCUUUAAUGGGAUCACCCAAUCAUCAUUUGGAAAGUGUACAUAGAUAUACAUAUGUAUGUAAGAGGCUGCAGUAUCCAGAAGAAGGGACAGACACCCUUUUUGGGCUCAGUCAUAGUUGUUAAUAAUAUACUGUAGCUUGGGGAAAUAUUUUCAACAUCUAAGUGCAUGUUUUAAAUAUUACAGCAUAGUAAUCAAUAGUUCUAGUAAAUUGUACCCUAUAUUUAUGAAGUGAAGAGACACAGUGAGGUCAGGACGGAGGUUAGUGGGUCAAACUGUAGACUGUUAGAGGACUGAGCCUUCCAGUUUUGCCGAUCGAAUGUAGUAAGAGGGGAGGCCGUGACUGGGAAACGCGGAGGGCUUCCAGCCAAACAGGACUAUUGACUUACAAUGAUACUGCAGCUUGAGGUCAGAAACCACGUGAGGGAGUGCAACAACAUAUCCUACAUAUAUAUGUAUAGAAUAAAUUUCCACAAGUUGAAAGUUUUAAAUGACAUUAAUACAGAUUGAAAUAUUUUAUUCUUUUUUGACUUGAAAGAUUAUAUUUCUUAUUGCAAAGAUGUUUACAGAUAUUUUAAUUUAAGUUCAGUGAACUUUUUGUAGCUGGGUUGAAAUAUUGUUUAUUUUUUAGUAUGGCCUUAUGGCAUUGAUCACUGUAUUAUUUUAAUAUCACACGACUGUGGGAGGAAAUCCAAGUCCACAAAAUGUGUAUUGCAUUUGACAGUAUUCUGUUGGGAUGGAGUUUUUAUAGGUUCAGCAAAAAAUGUCUUUUAAAUCUGCUUCACCCAGCAUAUUUUUUAUUCAGUAAUAUAAAGCAUAUUUUAUUCUAUAUUAUUAUGAAACAUUGAAAUGUACAAAACUUAGUAAGUUGAACACAAAGAAACCGUUUAUGCUUUCUAAAAUUUGUAUGAAUUAGAUUCCAGUGGGAAUUACAGGCUUCUGUUGCACCACUAUAGUUUUAGUAUUUCUAUUUUAAUACAUUUGUUUACCACUUGUUUAUGUAUAUGUAGGUGAAGUUACUUGAGCGUAAAUGUACUUUAUUGAGCAAAGUUUAAGAACAAAGUAUAUUUUAUUUUAUGAUAAAGGGCCUUUAACCUCAUGGUCAAAUACUAAUAUUAUAUUUGCUGAGACAAGAUUUGAAAAUGUAUCAAGAGUUUUAUUUUUCUGACAUUUAAAGUUAUACAUGAUAAAAAGUAAAACUUAAGUAAUGGUGCUACUUCAUGUUUUUUUUAAGUAUUUCUAUAUAAGUCCAAUAAAAAA